UUUGAAGGUCUGAACUGAGUGGUUCAGGAAUUUUCUCCCCAGAUAUCUUCAACGAGUGGUGAUCCACUCGCCACCUCCAAAUCGUACAGACAAAAUCUAUAAUCCUUUUUUCUAAAUUCCACGAAAACAGAUAUUUUUAAAUUCCUAUAAAUAGUGGAACAUUAAGAAAGGAGAAAAAUUUCGCCAUGAAAGCUCUUCAAGCAUCCACUUCUUACAAUGUUGGAUUCGGCAUUUCAGCUGCCGCUCCUCCGCCGCGGCCUUCUCGGCACCGCCAUGUGAUAUUAGCUCAAGUGGAACCGACGGAGAAAUCCGUGGAAAUAAUGAGAAAGUUCUCGGAGCAGUAUGCGCGGAGGUCAGGCACGUACUUCUGUGUAGAGAAAGGUGUGACUUCAGUUGUUAUCAAGGGAUUGGCAGAACACAAGGAUACAUUGGGUGCACCACUCUGCCCAUGCAGGCACUACGAUGAUAAAUAUGCUGAGGCACAGCAGGGCUUCUGGAAUUGCCCUUGUGUUCCUAUGAGAGAAAGGUAAUGCUAGAGGUUGAUGCUGUUUGUUAUUUUUCAUUCCCUGCAGUUAUCAUUUUCUUCUUUGACCAUAUGGGUUCAGUAGCCUGCUUUUCAUUUUCUACUUCGGCAUUUUUGUUGUUAGUGCAAAGAAUGAAAUAUUAGGAUUUUCAUGAUUUAAUGAGGUUUCAUAUAGUCGAUAAUAAUUGAAUUUUCAAGUAUAAUUAGCAUUCAAAGCCUUGGAAUCCUGGAUGGUUUUGAUCUUUUAAACAAGGCACCUCGUAACUCUGUUUACUUUGCAUAGAAUCAACACUGGCCUCUUAGGGGAGAGAAUUUGGCGUCUUAGUGACUUUCUUACAGAGCAAUCUCGUGUAAAUACCAGGAUUGAGGUUUUGUCUCGAUCCUAUUUCAUUCCAAAGAUGGAAGUGAAUAAGGGCACUGAUGGGAUCCUAUUAAAUGAAGAAAGCCAUCAGAGAAGAAACUUAAGCCAAGUCGAUAAGAUGCUAAGAAAGUGAUCUUUAGAAGCCUGUUGUUAUAUCCUAUGUUGCUCGGACUCUCCAUUUUUGGCCAAGUAUCCGUGUCAACACGACACGACACGGAUACGGACACGGGUCGGAUACUCGGCUUUGAACUUGGACACGGCUGGAAAUGGAGGAAUGAAAAUGGCAGCAGCAUUAAACCGGUAAUUGCAAACAGGCAGACAGGGAAGAUGAGGGUUGGAGCUUUGGAGGAGACGAAAUUUCUGGUGCAUUAAUUGCUAUUUGAUGAGUUAGUCUCUUUCCCCGUAAAUUGCACCAGAUUUGAAGAUUCCUCCUAUAAUGGGUCAACUCUUGGAAUUGCAAAAGACGUUUUAUCUGCCUUCUUGGAAUUUUUGCACCAGAAAACUCCACAUACUUUUCAUCGUCCUCUACAGAAAAUUAUUUUCUUCAAUCGAAAAUUCAAUCAAAAAAUUCCAGAAUAUUGCUUACUCCUAAUUUUCAAGUAUGAAUCCAUCUAAUUCAAUCAAAAAAUUCCAGAAUUAUGUU